AUGUUUAGAUUAUCAAGACCAAUUAACUCGAUUUACAGAACUAAUAUUGUUUCAUUUAAUAGUAGAAGAUUAUUAGGUGAUGGAGCAAAAGGUCAAAUUACAUGGCCACUGCCAUCUUAUUUAUUUAAGAAUUAUACUCAUGCAACUAGAAAUUUAAUUGGAUGGACACUUGCAUUUCUGUCGAUUUUAAUUAUUUGGCCAACUACUAUAGUUGAAGGAUUUAAUAUUGCUCAUCAUGUUCCAAGUUAUUCUGGAAGUCAAGUUAAAUUAAAAAGAACUGGUUUAGAUAAAUUUGAUACUGAUGUUGAAAUCCCUCAAACUUAUGUUCAUCUUAGUAAAGCAGCUGAAGAAGAAGACUGA